CUCGUUCCUGCUCUUCAUGCCGUCGUCUCAAGGAUUCCGUGCCCAAACCACGCCCUCCGAAAAUUACUUUAGUCGACCUGCAAGCUAUCAUAUCAAACCUUAUAUGUCCGGAAAUCCCUGCCGUCUCUGUUAACGGACUCAACGUCUCGACGUUAAGGGGACAUCUUGAACUGCACGACCUACUGCUACUUAUGCACGUGUCGAGAUACCUGUACAAUUUUGUCAUGAACAAUGCGCGCAGGGGAUCUGGCUGAUCAAAGGUACAUAGGCUCCACAUGCAAACGACGCGCCGUGGAAGCGCUAACGGACGCCAUGAAACAGAUCGUCGUGCCUUUGUAUCCCGCUUCUUUCUGCGUGUUUCUGCCCUCUGGGAGAGAUGCUAGAACUUGAGGAUAGCGCCAGCGAAAAUACGAGUUGCGAGAACGGGAUCUGGACUCGGCGCUCAUGCUGUCGGCGACACUUAUAUCCUCAUCUUUAUCGCGGCUCUACUCUCUGCUAGCGAGCAAUCCGAUCCCAAUCGCAUCUUCAAGCCCAAGAACUUGAUCUUCGACCCACCUUCAAAGCCGUGUCCUUCCCAUGUCUUCCCGUUCGCGUUCUGCCUCAGCUUACUUGCUCACGGCCCACGUCAAAAUGGCACGAUACGGCUCGAAAGAAGCUUUUACAUGGAAGACGGAUAAACUGCUCCCCAAACCGAGAAAGGGCGGAACGAGGUGGACCAUCAGGCAGUUGUCGGGCUGGACGCGGGAGCGCAAGUCCUCCGUAGAGGGCAUUGUGGCCCUCUACCGCACAGAGCCCAACGCUCAGAUGUCGCUGAGUCUAUUUGGAAGAGAAGAAGUCGGUGAACCACUGUGAAGGAACCUGGAGCACUGCCUCGUCCCGGCUCAACUUUGACAAAAAGCGGUGGAGAUUAUCAACGCUGCGACUGACAGUAGAGUCACCUGGACAGCCCAUCCACUUGGAUUUCGGUUAGAUCUUAACCCAUCCUUACCAUCCGAUCCCAUUACUUGAGGUCCCAGCCACUCGAAUCUCGCGUCAAGAAGAUUAUGAGGAUGUAUGUGCGCAGCGAAUGACAGUUGCUGUGCCAAACGGUGGUGAUGAACCAAACAGCGGGAGCUGCGCUCUUAUGCGUUCAUGCACCUGACAACACACUGAUUACACCAGUGACAAAGCUGUCAUAGUGUCUACAUGAAACAUCCCGGAUUUUCGGACGUUCCAGUCUCGCCGCAAUCCCAAUAACAGUGCUGCGGAGGAGAGGCCCGACACUAUCAAAACAGAUAGUGAUAGGCAUCGAUCCGGUUCUGCCUGGAGCUCCGCCAGCGUAAGCGCGCAACUAUAAAACCGCUCAAGAGUCCCUGCGUAUCGAAUAUCAACCAAAGCAAGUCGCAUGAAGCACCUGGCUUUCCUCGCACUCUUAUCUGCACUCGCUGGGCUGACGCGUGCCGCGGUGCUGACACCCGACGUCGACGCGUACAUCGAGAACGUGCUGUCGAGCUGGAACAGUCCCGCUGGCGCCGCGGUGGCUGUCGUGCAGCUCGAUCCCCAAGGCGGGUGGAGUGUCGAGACCAAGGGCUACGGCGUAGCGCAGGCCAAUGGAAGCAAAGUGACCCCAGAAACAGUCUUCUCUAUUGGUUCGAAUUCCAAGCUUUUCGAUAUCCUCGCCACUGGACUGCUGAUCAGCAACACCAGCCUCGAGCCGCAGAUCAGCUGGAACACGAAAAUCGCGUCCAUCCUUCCGGGUUGGGAACUGGCUGAUCCGGUGGCCACUGCUCAGAGCACGAUCACGGACCUGAUGAGCCACCGCACCGGGAUGCCGCGACACGACUUUGCGUACAGCCGCACCGACGAUGUGCCCACUCUGAUUUCACGCAUGAAAUACCUGAAACCGUCGACAGGCUUCCGCGAGAAUCCGCAGUACUCGAAUCUCAUGUACGAAUUCCUCUCCUACCUGCCGACUGCGCUGCUCCCGGACCAUCCCGCGUUUACGGAGUACGUCAAAGCGCACAUCAUCGAUCCGCUCGGGAUGAACGCGACGACGUACUCGACCGCGGAUGCCUUUGCGUCGGGAAAUUUUGCGGAUGGAUUCACCCGGGUCGAUAUAAACGUCACCGACGAUCCGCUGGGUCGUGGAACAGUCUAUCCGUUGCCGUUCCCAUUGGAGUCGAGUGCUCAGGGAUCCGCAUUGUCGGGUCCUGGUGGUAUUCUGAGCAAUGCUAUUGACAUGGCGACCUGGCUCCAAAUGCUGUUGUUGAACGGAAAGCAUCCCAUCACCGGGGAGAUAGUGGUCCCUGCCAGCGCGAUUCAAACCGUUGCCACUGGUAUCUCCGUUUGGGAGGGAAAUGCGCAAUUCCCUGAAGUGACGGCUCAGGUCUACGGUGGUGCCCAAGCGCAGUACGGAUACCGAGGACACGUGAUUAUCGAGGUGAGUCACUUCAACUCAGAAGCUUCAGAUCCCAACCUUUCCAUCAGCACGGAGGAGAUUUCGUCGGUCAGAUUCCAUGCUCAAGUCUCUAGAUUCCCCAACGAAGGCCUCGGAAUCGCGGUCCUCACUAACGACGACGUUUUUGGAACAUACAUGAAAGAGGUGAUCAAGUAUCGAAUCAUCGACGAGGCUCUCGGACUCGAGUCCAUCGACUGGAACACGCGAUACCGCAGUAUCGUCUCCGGCGCGCGUCUAUCCGCCCCCCAAGCUCUCCCGCCUCCCGCCAACGCUACGCUUCCGCUCCCGCUGACCAAGUUCGCAGCUCAAAACUACAGCAAUCCAGGGUACGGGCCGGACAUCGAGCUGUGCGCUGUGUCCCAGCCCGCAUCGCCGACUUGCUCGUCCCUGGUGUCGGCGAUCAACGCUACCUUCCCCGAGCAGCUGGCUGGCGCUGACCUCGUGUGGCGGUGGGACCGACUGUCUGCGACGUAUGCCGCGCUGACGCACUACGACGGGCCGGUGUUCAACGUCUCUGGCUGGGUUCCUCUGCAAACUCGGAACGUGUCGGUGCCGACGAUCGCGUACGACUCGGGCCUGGAGGGCGUCAUUGCGCAGUUUGAUAUCCACGAGGGUCGUGUUCGAGGCUUCGGAUUUGUCGGUGGGUUGUGGGGAUCGGGGACGCUCGAGGGGGAGCCGAGCGGCAAGACCGCGGAAGAGCGGUCUGAGGUGUGGUAUUCGGCUGUGUGA